AUGGUGACCCUGUUGGGUUUCUUCUUCAUUCUAGGGAACGUUGGUCUCCUCGUCAUCUACAUGCCCGACCUUGUAGGACCGGGACCAUCAUGGCUCUACCUUAGCUUCGCGUUCGGUCUUUUCAUGUACCAGACCAUGGACAACGUUGAUGGAAAACAGGCGAGACGAACGGGAACAUCGAGCGGUCUCGGCGAGCUUUUUGACCACGGCAUCGACUCGCUUAACUGCACCCUCGCGAGUCUCCUCGAGACCGCCGCCAUGGGACUCGGUACCUCCAAGUCGGGCGUCUUCACCGCGCUCUGCCCGUGCCUGGCCAUGUUCUUUUCCACCUGGGAGACUUACCACACCCAUACCCUCUAUCUCGGAUACAUCAACGGACCCACUGAGGGCCUUCUUAUUGCUUGCGCCGUCAUGGCUAUCUCGGGAAUCUACGGCCCUGGAGUCUGGACCGAGCCCAUUGUCAACCUCGUCGGCGAGCGCUACCUAUUCGGAUAUGUAGACGCGGUUGGCGAUACCACGAUUCGCGAUAUCUGGAUCCGCAUCAUCGUCAUCUCUCUCUUCGGCACUCACGUUCCCUUUUGCGUCUUGAAUGUUGUGCGCGCGCGCCGCGCAAACAAGCUGCCCGUCCUGCCCGUCUUUUUGGAGUGGACCCCCAUGGCUGUCUACUCGCUCUCGAUCGGCGCAUGGCUCUAUUCUCCCUACUCCACCCUCCGGGAGGAGAACCACCUGGUUCUUUUCUGCAUCACCAUGUCUUUUGUAUUUGGAAGGAUGACGACAAAGAUGAUCCUCGCUCACCUUACCCGACAGCCCUUCCCCUACUGGACGGUGAUGCUAACCCCUCUUGUCGGCGGCGCCAUCAUCGGCAACCUCCCCUUCUUUGGUUUCGCCAAGAUUAGCGCAGAGGCCGAACUAUACUAUCUCUGGGGCUACUUUGUGUUUGCCGCCAUUGUAUACUUCAGGUGGGCAUACUUGGUCAUCACGAGCAUCUGCAACUUCCUAGGCAUCAAUGCCCUCACGAUUCCCAAGGAGAAGCUCCUAGCGCUCCAGGCCCAAAGCAAUGGCGAGGCCAAGAAGGCCAACUAG